AUGAGUUCUCUCGAAGGACCAUCCAAGUCGCCUCGUGAUUCUCUCCACGCUGCGGGCAGCGUAUUCUUUGUCUCUUCGGCGGGGAGAGUCCUCAAACUACCGAUCCCUAGCACCUCCCAUCGAGAUCCUCUGACAUGGCGAUCUUCAAAGAGGCUAUUUGCAUUCAUUGCUCUCAACUUUUACUCAGUGGUGGCCUCGUUCGAGGUUAACCUUCCUGGAAUUCUCAUGUUGGCGAUUAAAGAUGAGUUUGGAGACCGAAACACCCAGCCGCUCUCUUCCGCAAUGACGCUCUUUACUGGCUUGGGAUACCUUUUCGGGAUUCCACUUUCUACUGCUCUCGGACGACGGCCCGUCUUUCUGUGUGCAGCUACCAUCACGAGCAUAGCCACUUUCUGGGCUGGAGCAGCAGGGAGCUUUGAAGAGUUGAUAGUCACCCUCUGCUUUCAGGCUCUGGCAGUUGGUACAUCCGUCGGCAUGUGCACACUCAUUAUCAUCGAUGGCACCUUCAUUCAUGAACGACCUAAUGCGCUGUCCCUGUUCUGGUGCGUCGGCUCAGCGUUCAUCAAACUAAGCGUCCUCAUUCUACCAUUCAUAGCGGACGUAUGCAAGAACUGGCGUUCGAUCUACAAUGUAUGGUCCGCGCCUUGUCUGGUUGCCCUCGCCUUGGUCAUAUUCCUUGUUCCCGAGACCUACUUUGAAAGACCACCAGUUGCUCUUGAUGGUCGUGUGCUCGUGCAGAGCAGCUCGGAAAAGGUCAGGGUUUACGAUGACUGGGAGGAUGUCGAGAGUUCCGGCUCGGAGAGACCACUUCCAGACGUUCCCCCAAAACGAAGCUUUUGGGCGAGAUUCGGUGUCAACCGAGCGCCUGGAACCAACUUCAAGGCCAUGGGUGUGACUUAUAUGCAGAUGGUUCUCUGCAUCCUCAAUCCCCUCACCUUCUGGGUUGCUCUACUCACGGGCGUCAACUUGAGCGGCAUCAUCUUUUUGAGCAUUUCUCAACCAGCUGUCUUGGUGGGACUCUGGGACCUGGACCUGCAAACCAAGGGAGUCGGGAUUGGCAUCGCUGGCAUCAUCGGUUCACUUUUGGCCUUCCCUGCCAGCGGCCCCCUUGCUUCCUGGUUCACCCGCUACUAUUCCCUGCGAUCGGGUGGUAUUCGUCAUGCAGAGAUAUACUUGCCGGCCUUUGCCAUGCCUGUUGUGUCUGGCUUGGUUAGCGUGAUACUCAACGGAGUCGCGAUUAACAAUAACUGGAAACCAAUCUGGCUUUACGUUGCCUCCGGAAUCAGCAUCUUCAGCUACCUGACAGGGAAUGUGGCCUUUACGCUCUGGAUCACUGAGGCUUUCCCCCAAUGGGCAGUAGCUGCACUAGCUGUCCAACUCUUCACGGGCAACAUGGUCAGUUUCGGGAUUGGCACCGCUAUUAUGGGAUGGGUUCAGGAUAAGGAAGUCAUGGCCCCGACAAUGCUAAUUGGUGGCUUGAUUCUCUUCCUCGGUGCCCUGGCAGUUCCGGUUGCGUUCUGGGGAAAGACUGCGCGGCAGUACAUUCACGGUCGAUGGAGCGAGUCGGAGAAGGGAGCCUUGCGACCUCAGUAG